GGAAGUUAACGUUGAGGCCUGAGGUUCAAUUGAAUUCAAUGCCCUUACCACCCGUCUUUUAUCACUACUUCCGUACACCGCUACCAUACACACGGACUCUCCUCCUCCAAGAAAAGAUACAUCAGCUUCAGCUUGCUGCUCGCCGUUCAUCAUCUCAUCAUGACAUUCUGCUUCUACUCGAGCACCGCCCAGUGUACACAUCAGGACGCCGGCAAACCGAACAAGAACUGCACGCAGAACGUGCACGUCUGACAUCGAUUGGAGCAGAAUUUUCCAUAGCAGCGCGCGGUGGACAAUUGACAUAUCAUGGACCCGGCCAGCUCGUUGGUUACCCACUUCUAGACCUUGCUCGCACAUCUCCGCCGAUUGGCAUCCGUGAUUACAUUUGCAUAAUGCAAAAGAUGAUUCAAUCUUAUUUGCUGCGGACGCACGAGAUUACCCAUAUACCCUCAGACAAUACUGGCGUAUUUUUGGACCCUGUGACAAAGAUAGCAAGCAUUGGCGUCCAAGUACGCCACCGACUCACGACGCACGGGUUUGCUAUGAACGUCACAAAGGAGCCUUUGGGGUGGUUUGCACAAGUUGUGGCGUGUGGGUUAGUUGACGUCAAGGCUGGGUGCAUAACGGAAGCGAAAGGAAAGAAUGUACGGGUGGAGGAUGUUGUGCCAGGUAUUGUUGAUGCGUUUGGUACCUCAUACGGGAGAGAUAUGGUGAAAUUAUGCCCCCAGAACGCUGGUGAGCUUGGAGAGGCUAUUCUUGCACUAGAGGAAGAUGCACUAGCUGCUGGGGAGUGGCUGAAUGCACCUUCCCCGACCUAAUAGAAGCAGCAAUGUUCAUGCAGACGACCGGGAGCUCUGUUGAUCGUUUCCAUUCACCGUGCACUAUGACAUCUGUAGGUGUGCUAAAGUCUACGUAUACUGCCAAGCAGCCUACAAGCUGAAAGUACAUUGUGAGUAUUGAACGCUAGAGCUCGCAUACGUCAGAAUACUUGGCACUUGUGGCGCACGUUUGUACGUACCAGCUGCUUGCGCGAGUAUCGACUCAGCCCUGAGAUCUCAUAUCUCGAGUCUCAGCAGUACUGUGCUUCACCCAAUGACGGUGGAUGAAUUGGCUUCGAAAUUCAUCCAGCAAGCAUCAAUUAACUAUAUGACGGUAUCAUGAGGUGCAUCUAAUAAGCAGUAUCAAAUAGGUGCCGCGUGCGGCCUCAGGAACCGUUGUUGAGAUAGAAGUCGAAUAUUUAUUUGCGAAUUCCUGUAUCCAA